AGUACCGGACAGAGCUAGCUCGUCCGCAACGCUGUGUUCGUCUAGCAGCAACUGCGAUCCACCAGCGCACGACCACGUUCACCUAAUUUCGACCUCGUCACUUACUAGUCAAUUGACCUAAUCAUCGAACCUUCAAUUUCCACUUGUCGCCAACUGACGAGGCCAGACGAGAUUUACACCGCAGCGUACCGUCCACCGUGUUACCGGCGGAUCAACCAAGGACCACUCGAACCUUUGCCGCGCUCACGGUUUACACCUGUUAACCGAGUCGAGCCGUCGCGCUCUUCUACUCGCUGCUUUCUGUACAGGAAUACUUCGGUACAAAUGAUGAAAGGUCGGCACCAGUUUCGUCGCCGUUUCAGUCUACAACCGUCAUCGCUGAAGGAGGGUCAGGAAGAUGGUACGACGAAGAACGUUAGAAAUGAAAGAUUGUCGGAAUCGGACAGCGGCGGCGGAAAACAAACGGAAAGUUCUAUAAGAUACAAAAUCGUGGUGAUGGGAGCAGCGAAGGUUGGGAAAUCGGCGAUUAUCAAUCAGUUUCUCUACAACACCUUCACUCCUAAAUACAAACGAACCGUGGAGGAGAUGCACCACGGCGAUUUCAACGUAUCCGGGAUACAUUUGACGCUAAACAUCUUGGAUACGUCGGGCUCGUACGAAUUCCCGGCUAUGAGAGACCUUUCGAUCAAAUGCGCGGAUGCUUUCAUCCUCGUCUACGACGUUCACGACACCAACACCUUUCUCGAGGUGAAGACUCUGAGAUCCGAAAUUCUCAGCAAGAAGGGUGCGGUGCCGAUUGUAAUCGUCGGUAAUAAGGUCGAUCUGAUCGAUUCCGAACAAGAGGUGGACAGCGAGAGCACCAGAGAACUAGUCACCACGAAAUGGAACAACGGAUUCGUAGAGGUGUCGGCAAAGGAGAACCUGAAUAUCACGCAGGUGUUCAAAGAGUUGUUAACCCAAGCGAAGAUGAAAUACAAUUUGAGCCCGGAACUACGACGACGUCGCCGGCAAUCGUUGCCACCACCGCAACAUUUAAAUUCCCGUAGCAGCAGCGCUCACGUUCCAUCGCCAGCUCAAUUGCAACAUUUGCAACAGAUUCGCGAGCGUUCCGAAUCCAAGAGGAAUUCCUGCAUUCUCUCGUAAACAGUAGCUGCUAUGUUUCAGCAGAUCCGAUAGAGACGGGGCGAAGCAAGCCGAAGAGAAUGGGGGAAACUAUACUACGACGAUUCUAUUAGCGAUUCCAUUCGCUCGGAUCGAUCGAUAUUCUCGUUUCGACGUCGCUGCCUCGCACGCUCGAUAGAAACCACGAUUAAACGGUCCUUCGAUGGUUUAAACGCCAUCGAGGAUACGUCGUGGGUGAUA